CAAUAAUAAAUAAAUAAUGAUUAUUCUUGUAGUGACGUCACGUUGCUAUUGAAUUCAAAUUACUGGCCACUAUUACUACAAAACAAUAUUUUAAAUUACUUUUAAAUUUCGAACGCCCUCUAGCGCACAAGGGAGUUUCAUUGAAAGAAGCUUGUGAAAGAAUCCUCUAGAAAGUAGGCAUAGAAUCUCCGUGGAAUCUCCGGUAUCAAAAUCUUUACGUGAAAUUUUAUUCAUUUUCCGAAGUAAAUCAAAACAGCAGACAAAAUGUGUGACCGCAAGGCGGUGAUCAAGAAUGCUGACAUGAGCGAGGAGAUGCAGCAAGAUGCUGUUGACUGUGCAACACAAGCGCUUGAGAAAUUCAACAUUGAAAAGGACAUAGCUGCAUUUAUAAAGAAAGAGUUCGACAAGAAGUACAACCCAACGUGGCAUUGCAUCGUGGGGCGCAACUUUGGCUCGUGUGUCUUGGAUAAGUUUAUGAAAUACGAGUUUCUGGAUGAAAACUAG